AUGACUAUGGACGAAAGUAACGGCACCAAUGGCCAGGGGGUAGCAAUGGGUUCGACUAUCAUCAAUGGGGCUACUCUCAACGGGCAUCCCACCAAUGGUGUGCAUACUAACGGCACAAAUGGUACUGCGACCCAUGGGGUCUCUCGCAAUGGUCAAGUGCCCAUCGCCAUCUGUGGUAUGGCAUGUCGUCUCCCAGGAGGCUUGACGACGCCCGACGAGCUUUGGGAUUUCCUCCUCGCAAAGAAAGAUGGUCGAUGUCGCGUCCCUCAAUCGCGCUAUAACAUCGACUCAUACUACUCGGAUACCAAGCAACCAGGAACCGUCUCGACCGAGUAUGGAUAUUUUCUCGAUGAGAGCGUCGACGUCGGAGCGUUGGAUACGUCGUUCUUCUCCAUGACGCGAACCGAGGUAGAGCGAGCCGACCCCCAGCAACGGCUUAUGUUGGAAGUCGCACGCGAGGCUUUCGAAGAUGCUGGCGUGACAAAUUGGAGAGGCAAGACUAUCGGCACGUAUAUUGGUAACUUUGGAGAAGACUGGCUGGAGAUGUUUGGGAAGGAGACCCAGCCAUGGGGUAUACAUCGCAUUUCCGGUUCAGGAGAUUUCGUUGUUGCAAAUCGGCUCUCGUACGAGUUUGACCUGCAAGGGCCAAGCAUGACGAUUCGCACAGCUUGUUCUUCCGCCCUGGUGGCAUUGAACGAGGCGUGUGCUGCUAUCAAUAGAGGCGACUGUGGAUCCGCUCUGGUGGGCGGUGUCAAUCUGAUCCUCGCACCUGGAAUGUCGAUGGCGAUGCAGGAACAGGGGGUUCUAUCCAGUGACGGCUCGUGCAAGACCUUCUCCGCUGACGCUAAUGGGUAUGCCCGCGGAGAGGCGGUUACGGCGAUUUUCAUCAAGCCGUUGGCGGAUGCCUUGAGAGAUGGCAACCCAAUUCGUGCUGUCGUGAGAGCCACAUCUCACAACGCGGACGGAAAGACCCCUACGCUGUCGCAACCUAGCACGGACGCACAAGAGGCUCUAAUGAGGAGAGCAUACGAACUCGGGGGUAUUACUGACUACGCGGAAACUGCCAUGGUAGAAUGCCAUGGGACAGGUACGCCGACUGGGGACCCCAUCGAGGCGACAGCUGUGGCCCGGGUGUUUGGAGACAAAGGCGUCUACAUUGGAUCGGUCAAGCCCAACCUCGGACACACCGAAGCUGCGUCCGGCCUUGUAUCACUCUUGAAGAUGGUGAAAGCACUCGAGCAUCGCAUCAUCCCGCCAAAUAUCAAAUUCACCAGCCCCAACCCGAACAUUCCGUUCGCGGACGGUAAGCUGACGGUCCCUACGGAUCCACUUCCGUGGCCGAAGGACAGACUCGAACGGGUCAGUGUGAAUUCGUUUGGGAUUGGUGGCGCAAACGCCCAUGUCAUUCUUGAAUCUGCCGCUGCCUAUAACGUCCCGGCUGCGGUUCACCAAACACCGGAGACACCGCAACUUCUGUUGUUCACGGCCAACUCGUCAAAGUCAAUCACGAGGAUAAUCGACGACUACAAGGCAUGGGUGGAACAAAAUCCGGACAAAGUCAGUGAUCUAGCCUACACGUUGGCAAGGAGAAGGGAACAUUUGCCGCACCGGGCUUUUGCUAUAGUCAGCAAUGGUGUGGUUGAAAGUGUUUCGCAACCUGCAAACUCCAAGUCUGCGAAGCCGCCGAGUGUGGUUAUGGUUUUCACCGGUCAGGGCGCACAAUGGCCCCAGAUGGGACGGGAGCUGCUGCGAUCCAAUGAAGUGUUCAGGUCUAGCAUCCGAUCUCUGGAUCAACACCUGCAGACCAUUGCUGGGGAGAAGCCGCAGUACUCGAUCGAAGAGGAGCUCAAGAAACCAGGCAAGAAGAGCCGUCUAUCACUGGCCGAGUUCUCUCAACCACUUUGCACUGCUAUUCAGAUUGCACUGGUCGACACGCUCAAGUCCGCGGGAAUUUGCCCAGACGCAGUCGUGGGCCAUUCCAGUGGCGAGAUUGCUGCAGCAUACGCCGCCGGGGCUCUCAGCGCUGGAGAGGCCAUCACCGCGGCCCACCACCGUGGAGCAGUGACAAGCAGACAGAAGAGAGCAGGAACGAUGGCGGCUAUUGGAAUGAGUUGGGCAGAAACGGAAAAGUACCUCGUCCCGAACGUCACGAUUGCCUGUGACAACUCACCCAAGAGCGUUACAAUCUCAGGCGACGUCGACGCCGUCAAAUCCGUUGUUGCUGCUAUCAAAGAGGCGCAGCCACAGAUGCUGGCUAGACUGCUCCAGGUUGACAAAGCCUAUCAUUCAUACCAUAUGAAAGAGAUCGGAGAGGAUUACCAGUCCUUGAUCGGCGAGGAAGUGGUCGGGAGAGAACCAUCGGCGCUCUUCUUCUCCAGUGUAACCGGAAGUAUCCUGGGCCCCGAGCACAAACCCUGGCCCAAAUACUGGCAGGACAAUUUGGAAUCGCCGGUCCGGUUCCGCGAGGCCGUCACGGCCAUUUUGAAACACGACGUGGGAAAGAAUGCAGUCUUCCUUGAGGUUGGGCCUCACGGGGCUCUCGCAGGUCCAUUGAGACAGAUCUUCACUCAGGCUUCUUCUCCAGCUCCCUAUGUGUCGGUCAUGGCGCGCAACCUCGACUGCACUGCAUCUUUCUUGUCCGCCAUUGGAGCGCUGCACUCACUCAAUGUCGAUGUCAAUCUUGAGGCCCUCUUUCCCACAGGCUGCUGUCUUUCGGAUCUUCCCCGGUACCCAUGGAAUCACGAAGGGAGCUACUGGUACGAAUCUCGUCUCAGCAAGGAGUGGCGCAACCGCAAAUUCCCAUACCAUGAUCUCCUUGGUGCUAGGGUGGCUGAGAGCAGUGACGGUGAGCCUGCCUGGCGUAACAUGUUCCACGUUACAAACACGCCGUGGAUUCGUGACCACAAGGUCGGGGAGAACAUCGUCUUCCCAUUCUGUGGCUACAUUGCCCUGGCAGGCGAGGCCAUCAGACAAUUGACCAAUGUCGAGGAGGGAUUCAGCGUUCGGAAUAUCAUUGUCAGCACGGCGCUGGUGCUCAGCGAAGGAAAGCCGACGGAGAUGAUGGCCACGUUCCGGCCGCACCGCCUGACAAACUCCCUAAAUAGCGCAUGGUGGGAGUUCACUGUUUCAGCCUACAACGGGCGCAACUGGACAAAGCACUGUACAGGAGAGGCCUGUGCUCUGUCGUCGGCGCCCGAGCAGACCCAGGAUCCUGCUACUGACCUGCCUCGGAAGCUCAAUGUGAGAAAAUGGUAUGAAAAAAUGGGCAAAGGUGGCCUCAAUUUGGGAGGAUCUUUUCAGACCCUGGAGACGAUGACGACCUCGACUUCAGAACAGCGGGCGGUUGGUAAUGUUGUCAAUGGAAGGCAGGGAGAUGAAGCCAACUACCACAUUCAUCCUACCGUCCUCGAUGCAACCCUGCAGAUCCUGGGCGCUGCUGCAGUCAAGGGCUACGCACGUAACACCAAGACCUGGCUCCCGACCAGCAUCGAUAAAGUCACCGUCCACAGGUGCUCGUCAGAUAUGAUCACCAGCGUUUCCGCUAAGCUGUCGAGUAACUUUUCGGUUGUUGGAGACGGCCGUUGUACAUCCGGGGGCACUACAGUCGUUGAAGCUGUCGGUAUCCGGAUGUCGUUGGCGGACGGUACCGGUGCAACAGACAUUAUGGACACACAUGCCGCAUCCAGAUGUGAAUGGAGACCCGACAUUGACUUCCUCGAUGUGGAUGAGCUCUUCUGCCCACCAGCCGGCCGAACAGACCAUCUGCGUCUCCUGGAGGAACUCGGGGACAUCUGCUUGCUCUUGUCCCAAUGGCAUUUUUCAGAAUCAGCAAGCAAAUCAAUUCGGCCCCAUCUACAGAAAUACAUGGCUUGGAUCGGGUCUCAAUCCGACUCGAUUGCAUUCAGAUUGCCUUCGACUUGGACAGGCCUCGAUAACGAGGCUAUCUCCGCUCGAAUCGACAAGAUAUUGAGUCAGCUAGCAAACACUCCGGCAGCCCCAGUCGCCAGUGCCAUGCAUCAAGUCUGCCUAAAGAUGGAAUCCCUCUUGUCCGGCGAAAGCCUAGCGGAUGUCCUCCCGAGGGGAACUCUAACGCAGGUCCAUGAAUUCCUUGGACAGAUAGACCGAAGGGAAUUUAUUCAAAUGCUGAGCCACUCCAAGCCCAACCUCAGGAUCCUAGAGAUUGGAACUGGAAACGGCGCGUCGUUGCACCGAGACAUUCUUGCCGAAUUGACACGACCUGAUGGGGAGGUCCUCUGUGCUAAGUACACUUUGACUGCCCCAGGCUACGUUGUGGCGACAACCCAAGAGAAGAUAUUCCCAAAUAUGGAGUUCGCCAGCUUGGACAUCAGCGAGGAUCCGCUCGAACAAGGAUUCGAGGAAGGCGGGUACGACCUAAUUAUAGCUGUCAACGCUCUUCAUGAGUGCAAAAAUAUCCAGGAAAGCCUGGUCAACCUGAGAAAACUCCUACGCUUCGAUGGUAGGUUGCUUCUCCAAGAGCUUUGCCCGUCAUCCAGAUGGAUCCAGUAUGUGCUCGGUGUGCUCCCGACGUGGUGGUCGGGCCCUGCCGAUGUCAAGACGCCCUAUUUGGGCCAAGAAGAGUGGAAGUCGAAGCUUGCAGCUGCAGCGUUUGGCGAUAUCGAGGCCAUGGCUCUGGAUGCAGAAAAACCCCAUCAAGUUACGACAACGAUGGUCGUAAAGCAGGUCCGUGAGACGCCCAUAAAGAAGGUCACAGUGCUUCUCGAGAAGGAAGGACCUGCUGUCACACACAUCCUGAGCGAGCUGGAAAAGGAGGGCUACGAGGUGACCAGAUGCAGAUUAGAGGAUGAGCCACCGGCUGGCCAAGAUGUGAUUUCGCUCCUGGACGUCGAACAGCCCUUUUUCCACGAGAUCGAUGAAGCACGCUUCCUGGCAUUCAAGGCCUUCCUUCUCGGUCUUCAGGACCGCGACGCCGGGAUGCUCUGGGCAACCCACCUCAUCGACAUAGGAUGCCGUGAUCCCCGAUAUGCGCAAGUUCUCGGCCUCGCCAGAACUAUCCGUACGGAGCAGCUGGCCGAUUUGGGAACCUGUCAGAUCGACAGUUUUGACAACCCGAAGUCCAUUGGCCGAUUACUUCAGGUGCUUGCCAAGUUUCAGACUCGCCAAGGUGACGAUGAACUCAACCCCGACUUCGAAUGGGCCAUUUUCAAUGGCCAAGUUCAAGUGGCACGCUUCCACCCUUUCAUACUGGCCGAUGAGCUCUUGGUUUCAGAGGAGUCAAACGAGAUGGCCACACUGAAUGUCCGUACGCCGGGACGGGUCAACAGUCUACACUAUGCGCGGCAUGAACGAAAGGAGCCCGAGAAGGACGAAGUGGAGGUCGAGGUGUACUCCGCCGGUUUGAACUUUAGAGAUAUUCUGGUCGCACUGGGCAUUGUUGAACUGCCGGUCCGUCUCUUCGGAAUUGAAGCUGCAGGCAUCGUCACGCGCGUCGGGGCAGACGUCAGCCCCGACGACCUUCAAGUAGGGGAUCGGGUCGUUUGCUUUUGCAGGAAAGACGCCUUUUCCACAUAUACAACCACGUUGGCUGCUGUCUGCGUGCGGAUUCCCGAUAGCCUCACCUUCGAUCAAGCUGGAACGAUGCUUAUACCGUAUUUCACCGCGAUCCACUCUAUGGUCAACGUUGGACGCGUCACAAAAGGCCAGUCCGUGCUGAUACACAGCGCCUGCGGUGGAGUGGGCCUGGCGGCUAUCCAGGUAGCUCAGAUGCUGGAGGCCGAUGUGUAUGUUACGGUUGGCAGCGAAGAAAAGGUCAAGUAUUUGAUGGAGAACUACCACAUCCCGCGAAACAGGAUCUUCCACUCUCGUGACAGGUCGUUUGUGGAUGGCGUUAUGCGAGAAACGCAAGGCCGUGGCAUGGACUUCAUCCUCAACUCCCUCUCGGGCGAGCUCUUGCACGCCACGUGGAGCUGCGUUGCUGAAUUUGGAACUUUACUCGAGAUCGGAAAACGCGAUCUGAUCGGAGAUGGUAAACUCGACAUGAAGCCUUUCCUGGCGAACCGCAAUUAUUGUUGUGUCGACAUCGACGGGCUCUGGAAGAGAAUCCAUGUCGCCAGAGCUUUAAUUUUCUCUAUCUUGGAUUUCUACAGCAAAGGAUACAUCUCCCCGCUCCCCAUGACCAUCUUUCCCGCAGCCCAGACCCAAGAUGCAUUCCGAUUCAUGGAGAAGGGACAACACAUCGGCCGUGUGGGCGUUUCGUUCAAGCCGGCCGAAGGGGAGACCCAGCUGGGAUUGGAAACCACCAAGAGAGCUCUGACGAUUGCCUUCAACGGGUCCGCCUCCUACCUCAUGGUUGGUGGCCUUGGCGGGAUCGGUCGUGCCGUAUCCACCUGGAUGGUGGACCACGGGGCUCGCGAGCUCGUCUACCUGUCCCGUAGCGCUGGUCUCACGCCCAAAGAUGACGACUUUGUCGCCGAGCUCCAGAGCAUGGGUUGCGCUGUCAAGCUCGUGAGCGGAGAUACUACGAAGCUCGAGGAUGUCAAGAGAGCCAUUGCUGCGGCAACAUAUCCCCUCAAAGGUAUUGUACAGAUGUCUAUGGUGGUCGCCAAUGAGAACUUUACCAGGAUGAGCUUCGACGAGUGGAUGGCGUCGACGGCACCCAAAGUCCAAGGAACCUGGAACCUCCAUGAGGCUUCUGUGGCCCCCGGUAUCGAUCUGGAUUUCUUUGUGAUGUUCAGUUCGGUAUCGGGCAUCGUUGGACAAGCUGGCCAAGCCAAUUAUGCCAGUGGUAACAGCUUCUUAGACGCGUUCGCCCAAUACCGUAACGGCCUGGGUUUGGCGGCCUCUGUGGUUGAUAUGGGAGCCGUCGAGGACGUGGGAUGGAUUUCGGAGCACCAAGGGAUGAUGGGGAAAAUGUCCAGGAGCGGCUUCAAGCCUGUACUGGAGCAGGAGGUUAUCGACGCAAUGGCAAUAUCCAUGCUGGUCCACAACAAACCCGGUCAAGCCGUCGACGAAGCUCUUGCGGCCGAUUCCAAAGCCACUUCUUAUUUCGUGCACAAAAAUACUUUCCUCGUCGGCCUUGCUUUGCUCAUUCCAUUGCACGAUCCCAGCAACUACGUGAUCUGGAAGAAAGACCGCCGCAUGGCCUCCUAUCACAACAAUUCUACGGUGGCUGCAACCGCAGCCUCGACGGAUGUCCUCAAGUCCUACUUGAGCAGUGCCAAAGCGGAUCCGUCCAUGCUCAAGUCGCCAGAAGCAGCGAAGCUCUUUGCGGUCGAGAUCGGCAAGAGACUCUUCGACUUGUUGCUCAAACCUCAGGAGGAGCCUAAUACGAGCUGGCCACUGCUCGAUCUCGGCCUUGACUCGUUGGUGGCUCUCGAAUUGCGCGCUUGGAUCAAACAGGUCUUCUCGUUUGAUCUUCCCAUGCUGGAGAUGAUGAGUAUUGGCUCUCUUGACAUUCUCGGUCAGUAUGCGGCAAAUGAGGUCUAUAGAAUCGCGACAGAAAACAACGAGAGCUAA